CAGGCGGCGAGGUUGGAUGCGGCGGCCUUGGAGCGCCGAGGGACGCGGGGAAGCAGCAGAGCCUGGUUUGAGAGCCACUCUCCCGAGUUAAUAUGCGAGGUGUGCUGGAGGUGAGGAUACACAACGCCUGCCCAGAGGAGCACUGGGAGGAACGUGGCUUGAUCUCCCUCUUGUGGAAAAUUAUUGGAACUAUAUUCUUGUGAUACUCAAGAAAAAAAAUCCAGCAUCCAUCAGGAAAUAAAUUAUGGCAGCAGUUACCAUGCCACCUGAUGCUCUUGUCAGCCCUCAAGGAAAUGAAGAGGUGGACUCUCUUAUUGUACUGCAUUAUAAUUACACAGGAAAGCUUAUUUUAAGGGAAAAGGCAACUGAUAAAAUAGACCUGCCCACUAUUUCAUUUCUGAUCCUAUGUAGUUUCAUAGUCCUGGAAAACUUGAUGGUUUUGAUUGCCAUAUGGAAAAACAAUAAAUUUCACAACCGCAUGUACUUUUUUAUUGGCAAUCUAGCUCUCUGUGAUCUUUUAGCUGGGAUUGUUUACAAAGUAAACAUUCUUAUGUCUGGGAAGAAAACUCUGAGCUUGUCCUCUACAAUCUGGUUCAUUAGGGAAGGUAGCAUGUUUGUUGCCCUGGGAGCUUCCACUUUCAGCUUGCUAGCGAUAGCUAUUGAGCGGCACUUGACCAUGAUUAAAAUGAGGCCUUACGAUGCAAAUAAAAAAUACAGGGUGUUCCUUCUCAUUGGUACGUGCUGGCUUAUUUCAAUUUCCUUGGGUGCCCUCCCCAUCCUCGGCUGGAACUGUAUAAACAAUUUACCAGAUUGCUCAACAAUUUUGCCUCUGUACUCCAAAAAUUAUGUUGUGUUCUGCAUUAGUAUCUUCAUAGCCAUUUUGGUCGCCAUUGUCAUCCUCUAUGCCCGCAUCUACAUACUGGUAAAGUCCAGCAGUCGUAAUGUCACCAACCACAAUAACUCGGAGCGGUCCAUGGCACUUCUUAGGACUGUUGUGAUCGUCGUUAGUGUCUUCAUUGCGUGCUGGUCUCCACUGUUCAUCCUGUUCCUCAUCGAUGUGGCCUGCAGAGUCAAGGAGUGCUCCAUCUUGUACAAAGCCCACUGGUUUAUUGCUCUGGCAGUCAUCAAUUCUGCAAUGAACCCCAUCAUCUACACCCUGGCCAGUAAGGAGAUGCGUCGGGCUUUCUUUCGCCUUGUGUGUGGCUGCCUGGUGAAAUCCAAGGUGGCCAGAUCUUUGCCUAUUCAACCCACUCCAGAUCACAGUCGAAGUAAAUCCAGCAGCAGCAAUACCCAGAAGCCAAAAGAAGAUUUCCCACCGAUAAAUAUUCCCUCAUGUAUUGCUGAGAAAAAUGAAUCUUCAUUUCACAAUGGAAACUUCUGUAAGUAAGGGACUACUCAAGACAAGUACUUUUCUGUGUUUUUAGGUUUAAACUACAGGUGUAGUUUAAAUAUUCAUGCACUUCAGUCACAGGGGAAAACACUAACCAUUUAUUUAACUUUGAGAACUUAUUUAUCAACAAUCAUUUGCUUUGGGUGUUCAUUCAGUAACACACCUGAUUCAGAAAAAGCCUUUCAUGCUACCCAGAGGUCAGGACAGAGUCCAUGCCCAGCUAAGAUCAUCAAGUGCCACAAUGGCAUUGCAUGCUUCAUUUGGCACCUCGUGGUCUUGCAAGACAUCAUUAAAACCUGUUAGAAACUUCAGCAUUCAACUGAAGACUGCUGACAAUUGUAACAUGAGCCCAGUUAUUGCCAGCUGGGAGAAGAAUUCAUUGCAUAAGUUGGUGAUUAUAGUUCUCUGUAUGUAUCUUGCUGUUGUGUUAAUGGCCUUAUAAGUAUGUGGUAUAAAUAGCUGUAUAUUUGUACAAUUUCUUAUUAAAAAGUCAUUGAUUGGUAAAAGUUUACAACAUGCUAAACAUUGUAUUGCAGUAUACAGUGUGACUAAUAGUACAAAUAGAUGCGUUUCAAUGGGGAUAUUUAAAAUGAAGUAGUAGCUUUUAACUGUCAGAAACUUUAACAAGUCAUAUCAAUGCAGUAUUUUUAUUUUUUCCGUUGUUAUUCAAACUUUUUGUGUUUAGUGAAGGACAACAUGGCAGUUGUCACUGUGGCAUUUCACAACAUAUUUUAAGUAAGCAGUAGUAAACCGUUGAGAGAGGAUAUAUAUUUGCUAUUUAAAGUAGAUAAAAUGUGACCCUUCAAUACAUGUGUAA